AGGUUUCUUGUGUAAGGAGUUUAAACGAUCCCCUUUAAAUACACUAUAAAAAAAGAAAACAAAGCGGUUUUCUCUUCUUUUACUUUCACAAAAUAAAAAACGUCCAUUUUAGGGUUCAUCGAAUUGUUAUCGACCUCCAUAGAUCUUGCCGAUUCAAGAUGGAGGGCAAAGCGAAUUUAGAGUCGGCGAUAGAGCAGCUACAGAAUGUCGAGAAGCAAAUGAGGCUUGCCGGUGAUGUCGCUGGAACUAAGAAGGCCGUUGAAGAUAUUCUUCAACUUUGCUUUGAAGCAAAAGACUGGAAGUUGUUAAAUGACCAAAUAGUCCUUCUGUCGAAGAAACGUGGUCAACUCAAGCAGGCUGUAACUGCCAUGGUCCAGCAAGCAAUGCAGUAUAUUGACCAAACACCGGAUCUUGAAACUCGAAUAGAGCUCAUUAAGACACUUAAUUCUGUUUCUGCUGGCAAGAUUUAUGUUGAAAUUGAGAGAGCUCGGUUGAUAAAAAAACUAGCAAAGAUCAAGGAAGAACAGGGGCUUAUAGCUGAAGCUGCAGAUCUCAUGCAAGAAGUUGCAGUGGAGACAUUUGGUGCUAUGGCAAAAACAGAGAAAAUUGCUUUCAUUCUUGAACAAGUUCGUCUCUGCCUAGAUCGCCAAGAUUAUGUUCGUGCACAAAUUCUCUCAAGGAAGAUUAGUCCAAGGGUAUUUGAUGUUGAUCCUUCCAAGGAAAAGAAAAAACCCAAGGAGGGUGAUAAUGUUGUUGAAGAGGCUCCUGCUGACAUACCAUCGCUAUUGGAGUUAAAGCGGAUCUACUAUGAAUUAAUGAUACGGUAUUACUCUCAUAACAAUGAUUACCUUGAAAUUUGCCGUUGCUACAAGGCCAUAUAUGAAAUCCCAUCUGUAAAGGAAAAUCCUUCUCAGUGGAUUCCGGUUCUGAGGAAAAUCUGUUGGUACUUAGUACUAUCUCCACAUGAUCCGAUGCAGUCAAGCCUUUUGAACUCCACCUUGGAGGAUAAAAAUCUUUCUGAAAUCCCAAAGUUCAAGGUGCUUUUAAAACAAUUGGUGACAAUGGAGGUCAUCCAAUGGACAUCUCUUUGGAAUACAUACAAUGAGGAAUUUGAAAAUGAGAAGGGCUUGCUUGGAGGCUCUUUGGGUGACAAAGCGGCAGAAGAUUUGAAGCAAAGAAUCAUUGAGCAUAAUAUCCUUGUUGUUUCAAAGUACUAUUCAAGAAUUACUGUGAAGAGACUUGCAGAGUUGUUGUGUCUUAGCAUCCAGGAAGCUGAGAAGCACCUCUCGGAUAUGGUUGUAUCGAAAGCACUGGUGGCAAAGAUUGAUAGGCCAAUGGGGAUAGUCUGUUUCCAAGCAGCAAAAGAUAGCAACGACAUUCUCAACUCAUGGGCAAUGAACUUGGAGAAGCUGCUUGAUCUUGUUGAGAAGAGUUGCCACCAAAUACACAAGGAAACCAUGGUACACAAAGCUGCUCUUAAAGUUUGAAAAGAAUGAUUUCAGCAAUCACAUUCUGGUUGGCCCAAUUUGAGCAUUUUCUUUGGCCGACUGUAAUGAUAAAAAUUUCCAUCGAAGUCUCUGCUCGCUAAAGGGUGGUCAGGAUAUGCAUUUCCCCAGGAAUUAUUUCUAUUGUUGACAAGUCCAAAAUGCUUGUUAGGACCGAGUAAGAUUUUGUUGUAUACUUCUGGCACAUACGGUACCACUGACUAAUAUGAAAAAAAACCAAGGGCUUUGUUUUAUGGCAGUGGGAAAAGGAAUUUUUUAGCUUUGUUUAAGAUUUCCUUUGUUUUAUCUUUUUAAUUUAUAUUUAAUAUUAUAGGGUUCUUCCUUAAUCAUUGCACUUGGACAACUGUCGAUGACACCAUUUUCUUUAUGACUUGAUGUUAGCAUGACAUAUUAUGGCCAAGUAAUUUGUCAA